AUGGACUUCCAAAUUUGCUUUGGUCUCGCCUUACUUGAGACACUUAUCACCUCCGCCUUAAGUCCAACCCACGAAGCAUUAUCGGAUCUAUCGACGAGUAAAGCACUUGUAUUCCUAGUAUUCUUCAGUGUACAAUGGCUGGUGAUUAAAUUCUACCGCGUCUUCAUAUAUCCAUAUUUCGUUUCUCCGUUAAAAGACAUCCCCGGCCCAGAGGAUAACCAUUUCUUUAUCGGUCAACUUCUACAUCUAUAUAGAGCCGCGACUCCGAUCGAUCAAUAUAUGAGCUGGUCCGCGACAUGGCCCGAAUCACCAUUCAUCCGCUAUCCCAUUCUCGCCAACAAAGAAAUCCUCCUAAUAAACACCAUCGAGGCUCAUAAGCAGAUAUUGCAGACCAAGUGUUAUGACUUCGUCAAACCAAAGUUCCUCGAAAGGCUGCUCGGCGAGAUCGUUGGGACGGGCCUCCUAUUUGCUGAGAGCCAUGAACAUAAGAAACAACGAAGAAUGAUUCUGAAUGUCUUCUCCGUCCCUAACAUGAAGAAGCUCAUCCCGGUCUUCCAGCAAAAGGCAGAGGAAAUGACAACAUUCAUCGAGCGCAAGAUGAAGGAGAAUGGCAACGGCAAUCUCGAAGUUCAGAAGAUAUUCAGCAAAGCUACCUUGGACGCUAUUGGAGUUGCGGCCUUAGGCAUUGAAUUAGAGAACCUACGAUCAGAGGAGUUGAAACUAGAUUUCCUACAAUGCUACUUCCGCAUGCUCUCGCAACCACCAUUAAGCGCGUUAAUCAGCUUCAUCCACGUCCAUAUACCGAUUCGCCGAUUCCUCCCAUUAGAAGCUAACUGGGGCUUCAUGCGAGCGAUGCGAGGAGUUCAUAGCAUGCUUAACCAGUGCAUCGAAGAACGAAUUCGAGAUCUCAAGUCAACCGAUCGAGAGAAGGUCGGCGGGACUGAGUCACGAGACCUUUUGACCUACAUGAUAGAGGAACGAGAAUUACAGAAGGAGGAUCUCACUAUUGCGGAUAUUCGUGGACAUUUGCAAAACUUCCUUUCUGCUGGCCACGAAACAACUUCCGGCGCUCUGACAUGGGCUUCCUUUGUCUUAGCUACACGACCAGAGAUCCAAAAUAAACUACGAGACGAGGUAAUACAGAACCUGGGAACAUUUGGGAUCCCCAACUACAACGAAAUCGAGAAACUCCCCUAUAUGAAGAACUUCCUGCAGGAAGUAUUACGCUUAUACAGCCCAGCCCCCGCCACCUGGAGAGAAGCAGUCAAAGACGUCACCAUCUGCGGACAAUUCCUACCCAAGGGCACACAGCUCGUGCUCAGUCCGCCCGUGACGAACCGGUCACCCCGGAUAUGGGGCCCGGACGUCCUGGAGUUCGUGCCCGAGCGGUGGGACGCGCUAGCGAGCGACGCGGCGACGCCGUACGCGACGCAGACGUUCGGCAACGGGCCGCGCAUAUGCAUCGGCAAGAGCUACUCGCUGCUCGCGUUCAAGGUGAUGAUGGUCGAGCUGCUGCGCAACUUCCGCUUCUCGCGCAGCCCGCGGCUCGAGCAGUUGGGCGACGCGCCGAUGCCUGUCCAGAACCCGGCCGUGACGUGGCGGCCCCGGGGAGGGAUGACGGUUCACUUGGAAAAGAUUACGUGGUCGUGA